GCCGCGUGUCAUUUCGGCGUCUGUCGUCUGCUGUCGGAAAUGGGCGGGAACUGCACGCACGAUGAUGACUGCAGAAACCAAUCUGCCGUCUGCAUUAAGAAGACAUGCAUCGUACCAAAGACACUAGGACAGAGCUGCUCCUUUAAAGAAGAAUGUCUGAACAACUCGGCUAUCUGUUUGAACGGCAUAUGCACUCUGACAAAAGACAUUGGAGAGCGGUGCUCAGCAAAAGAGGAAUGUAAGAACACGACAGACGGGUGUCACAAAGGAAGGUGUUUCCGAUUCAAGGAGUUUGGAGAGAGGUGUGAUGAUAUGACAGACUGUAGGAAUUCAACGGCGUUUUGUUUGAACCAUACCUGUGUCGAGCCGGUACGUGAAGGUGGGAAUUGUACAGACAAGAAUCAGUGUAAAAACAGUUCAGCGUCUUGUUACAAUGGGACAUGUUAUAUAAAGAAAGAUAUAGGCGACACAUGCAGUGAGAAAGGACAGUGUAAAAACAGUUCAGCAUCUUGUUACAAUGGGACAUGUUAUAUAAAGAAAGAUAUAGGCGACACAUGCAGUGAGAAAGGACAGUGUAAAAACAGUUCAGCGUCUUGUUACAAUGGGACAUGUUUUAUAAAGAAAGAUAUAGGCGACACAUGCAGUGAAAAAGGGCAAUGUAAAAACAGUUCAGCGUCUUGUUACAAUGGGACAUGUUUUAUAAAGAAAGAUAUAGGCGACACGUGCAGUGAGAAAGGACAGUGUAAAAAUAGUUCAGCGUCUUGUUAUAAUGGGACAUGUUUUAUAAAGAAAGAAAUUGGCGACACAUGCAGUGAGAAAGGGCAGUGUCGAAAUAGCUCAGCUUCUUGUUACAAUGGUGUUUGUUUUGUAAAGAAACACAUUGGGGAAACCUGUACUGAGAAGGGUGAAUGCGAAAACUCUCUAGCUGACUGUUACAAUGGAGUCUGCAUCCUCAAGAAGGAGCUGGGUGAAGCUUGCACUGAAAGAGGACAAUGUAAGAACACAUCAGCUGACUGUUACAAUGGAGUCUGUUUUCUAAAGAAGAACAUUGGUGAAUCCUGUGUAGAGAAAGGGGAAUGCAGCAACACGUCGGCUGACUGUUACAAUGGAGUCUGUUUUCUAAAGAAGAACAUUGGUGAAUACUGUGUGGAGAAAGGGGAAUGCAGCAACACGUCGGCUGACUGUUACAAUGGAGUCUGUUUUCUAAAGAAGAACAUUGGUGAAUCCUGUUUGGAGAAAGGGGAUUGCAGCAACACGUCGGCUGACUGUUACAAUGGAGUCUGUUUUCUAAAGAAGAACAUUGGUGAAUCCUGUGUAGAGAAAGGGGAUUGCAGCAACACGUCGGCUGACUGUUACAAUGGAGUCUGUUUUCUAAAGAAGAACAUUGGUGAAUCCUGUGUAGAGAAAGGGGAAUGCAGAAACACGUCGGCUGACUGUUACAAUGGAGUCUGUUUUCUAAAGAAGAACAUUGGUGAAUCCUGUGUGGAGAAAGGGGAAUGCAGAAACACGUCGGCUGACUGUUACAAUGGAGUCUGUUUUCUAAAGAAGAACAUUGGUGAAUCCUGUGUGGAGAAAGGGGAAUGCACCAACACGUCGGCUGACUGUUACCUCGGCCAGUGUUUCAUGAAGAGAAACAUCGGACAAAGGUGCACAGAACGUGAACAGUGUAAAAACUUUACUGCUGAUUGCUACCGCGGCGUAUGCAUGUUUAAGAAGGAUUUAGGUGAUGCGUGCACGGAACGAGGUGAGUGUAAGAACCCUUUAGCUGACUGCUAUAGAGGCGUGUGUUUCAUCAAGAAACAGACGGGAGAAAGCUGCACGGAGCAGGGUGAGUGUGUGGACAGCACAGCAGACUGUUUUAACAGAGUGUGUUUCCUGAAAAGGAACCUGGGGGAGAGCUGCGUGCAGAAGGAAGAGUGUAAGAAAUCUGCGGCAGACUGCUACAGAGAUGUGUGUUUCAUCAAGAGGCAGCUAGGAGAGACUUGCAGGGAAGACGGGGAGUGUGAAAACUCGAUGGCCGACUGCCUGAAUGGUGUCUGCUUUCUACGGAAAGACCUCGGCGAGCACUGCACGGCGAAACACGAGUGUAACAACACGUCGGCCGAUUGCUACAGGGGAGUUUGCUUUGUGAAGAGGCAACUUGGUGAACAUUGCAGGGAGAGUGGAGAGUGCGCGGAUCCCACCGCAGUGUGUUUCAGAGGCGUCUGCUUCGUCAAGAAGGAGAUCGGCGAGCUCUGCAAUGAGAAAGCAGAGUGCAAGAACUUUUCAGCCAGUUGCCACAACAACGUGUGUUUCGUUAAGAGAGAGCUUGGCGAAACAUGUAACAACACUGCAGAAUGUAGAAACACGUUUGCUGACUGUUUCAAAGGUUUGUGUUUUCUCAAGAAGGAGGUGGGAGAGGUGUGUGCCGAGAGUGCCGAGUGUCGUCUUUCCACGGCAGAGUGCUACAGAGGUCGGUGCUUUGUGAAGAAGGAAAUUGGUGAGUAUUGUUCGGAGAGAGACCAGUGCAGAGAUCAGACAGCAGACUGCUACAGAGGCAUGUGCUUUGUUAAAAGCCAGCUGGGCGAGCCCUGCACUCACAAAGGGCAGUGUUCUAACGCGAGGGCAGACUGUUUCAAAGGAAGGUGUUUCAUCAAAAGGCAGGUUGGAGAGACAUGCCUGGAAAAGGCUGAGUGUAAGAAUUUGUUGGCGGAUUGCUUCAAAGGAAGGUGUUUCGUUAAACGACAGAUUGGAGAGCGCUGUGCGGACACGAGUGAAUGCGCCAGCUUCUUGGCUGUGUGUUACCGUGGAGAGUGCUUCAUUCAGAGAGAACUCGGGGAAAGCUGCACAGACAAAGGGGAAUGCAGACUACCAACAGCCGACUGUUACAAGGGCAUGUGCUUCGUUAAAAAGAAGCUCGGGGAAUACUGUACAGAGAGGGGGGAAUGUGUGAAUGCGCAGGCAGACUGUUACAAAGGCGAGUGCUUCAUUAAACGAGAUCUUGGCGAGCCGUGCUCUCACAGUCGGGAGUGUGUUAACACGUCGGCCGUGUGUCACAGCGGGAAAUGCUUUAUCAAGAAAGACAUCGGAGAAGCCUGUUCUGACAGAACUGAAUGUAGGUAUCAGUUUGCUGAUUGCUUCCGUGGUGUAUGUUUCGUCAAAAAGGAUCUCGGGGAAAACUGUACGGAGAGGGCCGAAUGUAAGAUUGUUUAUGCCGAAUGUGUUAGAGGUGUGUGUUUCAUUAAGAAAGAUAUUGGACAAAGUUGUUCCGAGAGCAGUGACUGUAAAGACCCACAUGCUGUGUGCUAUAACGGUGCUUGCUUUCUGAAAAAGGCACUUGGGGAAUCCUGUCAAGACAACGGAGAGUGUGACGACCAACAAGCUGUGUGUGACAACAAUGUCUGCUUUCUGAAGAAGAAACUAGGAGAAAGUUGCCAUCAAACAAGCGACUGUCGCAAUAGUUCAGCUGAUUGCUAUAAGGGUGUUUGUUUCAUAAAGAAAGUAGUAGGCGAAAGAUGUACCGAAUCAGGACAGUGUAAAAAUGAUUCUGUGACGUGCUUUGCAGGUUUUUGUUUUAUCAAGAAGGACGUCGGGGGAACCUGCACAGAAAGGGAACAGUGUAAAGACAACGUUGCUGUCUGCUAUAACGGCACAUGCUUUGUCAAGAGAAAUCUUGGCGAAUCUUGCAAAGAACGUGGACAGUGUAAAAAUAGUUCUGCAGUGUGUUAUAAAGGCGUUUGCUUUAUGAAGAAGGAGGUCGGAGAAAACUGCUAUGAAAAACAGCAGUGUAGAAAUACGUCGGCUGAUUGCUAUAAUGGUAUUUGUUUUAUUAAAAAAAACAUUGGAGAAAGCUGCACACAAAAUGGACAGUGUAAGAACACGUCUGCAGUGUGCCAUAGAAACGUUUGUUUCAUCAAGAAGGAAACAGGACAACCUUGUCGAGAUGACACGGAUUGCACGGACCUUUCUGCUACGUGUUACAAAGGGGUAUGCUUUGUUAAAAAGGGACUGGGAGAUGUGUGUAGCGAGAGGGGUGAGUGUAAGAAUGCCAGGGCAGAUUGCUACAAUGGUGUCUGUUAUAUGAAAAAGUUGAUCGGGGAAUCAUGUUCAGAUAGAGGAGAUUGCAUUAACUCCACAGCUGAAUGUUAUAAUGGGGUUUGUUUUAUUAAGAAACAAAUCGGGGAAGCAUGCUCAGAGAAAGGGCAGUGUGAGAAUUCGUUGGCAGACUGUUUCAAGGGAGUCUGCUUUGUUAAGAAACAGAUUGGCGAAACGUGUUCAGAAAACGGAGAAUGUGUUGGGUCAGUCGCUGAAUGUUAUAAGGGUGUCUGUUUCGUUAAAAAGAAAAUUGGUGAAAGAUGUUCAGAAAAAGGAGAAUGUCGAAAUUCAUUAGCGGACUGUUACAGGAACGUGUGCUUUGUUAAGAGACAAGAUGGAGAAACGUGUGCAGACAGAGGCGAAUGUAUCAAUUCUGUAGCUGAAUGUUUUAAUGGUGUAUGUUUUGUUAAAAAGGAGAUUGGAGAGGCGUGUACCAGAAAGGAACAGUGUCAUGAUCCUUUGGCAGAGUGUUACCAUGGGCUGUGCUUUAUUAAAAAGGAAAUUGGCGAAAGGUGCAUAGAAAAAGGAGAAUGCAUCAAUUCUACAGCAGUAUGCUAUAAUGGUUUUUGUUUCAUCAAGAACAAUGGAGAACAUUGUACAGAAAAGGAACAAUGUCAUAAUAUAUUAGCAGACUGUGUUAACAGAAUCUGUUUUGUGAAGAAAGACAUUGGUGAAAAGUGUUCACAAAAGUCCGACUGCAGAAACAGUUCUGCUGACUGCUAUCUAGGUGUCUGUUUCUUAAAACGAAAUAUCGGCGACAGCUGCCGAACCUCGGGGGAGUGUAAGCACCCACACGCAGUUUGUCGACGAGGCGCGUGUUUUAUCAAGAAGCAACUCGGCGAGGCAUGCCAGGAAGUCGACGACUGCGAGGAUCCUUCAGCUGUCUGCUACAACCGCGUCUGUGCCAUAAGGCGAGCUUUGGGCGAGUGGUGCACGGAGACAGCCGAGUGUAAAGACGUGGGAGCACACUGUGUACUCAAUACAUGCUUCAUGAAGAAGGCGAACGGUGAGCGCUGCUCGGCCAGGUCGGAGUGCCGGGACAGCAAGGCUGAGUGCGUCAAUGAUAGAUGUUUCGUCCUGAGGAGUCUGGGAGAACCGUGUCGUGAUCGCGCGGAAUGCAGGCACCCACUGGCGUCCUGCAUCACCAACAGAUGCUCCAUUCCGAAAGAACUCGGCGAGUCGUGUGUGUUAAACACAGAAUGCAAGGACGAGUUCGCUAAAUGUCUUGACGGAGUCUGCAUGUUGAAGAAGCAGCUGGGCGAGGAGUGUUCCGCCACCUCCGACUGCGACGGCCCGCUGGAGUGUAAGAACGAACUCUGUCUCAGUGUGGUGGGUGAAGGGGAGAGCUGCGUCCACAGAGUACAGUGUUCCGGUGCGUUAGAGUGCGUGGGGCGGGUCUGCACGAAGACGGUGGGGGUCGGGGGAAGGUGUCAACAGACGACGCACUGUCGAGACCCGCUGACCGUGUGCCAAGCAGGCAGCUGUCGAUGCAGAGAAGGAUAUCUCGAGGUGAACACUGAAUCAGAGGACGGUGGCAAACUCACAAUGUGUGCAACACAAGGUGAAGUCGGUCCGCCAAGGUCUUUGGUGCCAACAGGUGCUGUUAUCGUGUCCGGGACUGUAGCCUCCAUCAUGCUGGCUGUCAUCGUCGUCGUCCUCGUCGUCGUGCUGUGUCGCAGAGGCUGUUGUUCUCCCGCGGCUGCUCCAGUAAAACGGCCCGAGUCAACCCCGAGUUGCAGCUCAGAAAGCGGAAGUGACGUCGGCACAGACAUACUGAAAAUUCCGCGCCCUCUGGUGGCAAGCAAUCUGAGUUUACACCAAGGGCAGACGACCUGGCAGAACCAAAUGUACGAAACUCAUUCAGUUGGCGGUAGAACGUCUCGGGCACGCGAUGACGACACAUACAGUAAAAUCACGUGGUAGAAGAGUAAAAUCACGUGGUAGAAGAGUAAACUCACGUGAUAUAAUAAUAAAAUCACAUGGUAGAACAGUAAAAUCACAUUAUAUAAUAGUAAAAGCACGUGAUAGACUGGUAAAAUCAUGUGAUAGAAUAGUAAAAUCACGUGGUAUAAUUUAAAAUCACGUGGCACAACAGUAAACACGUGAUAUAAUAGCAAAAUCACUUGGCAGGACAGUAAAAUCACGUGGUACAACAUUAAAAUCACGUGUCAGAGACAACGGAAGGCCGACGAGUCAUAAAUAUAUUGUACACUGUUCAGUGAUUGGAGAAUAGGUCUAAACGUGAGGGUCUCAUUGUGAAAACGGAGAUAUUUCUUUAUACACGCAGGAGAGAAAAACACUGUGAGAUAUUUGUUUAUGCACGUGCUGGAGAGAAAAACACUGUGAGAUAUUUCUUUAUACACACGCUGGAGAGAAAAAUGCUGUGAGAUAUUUCUUUAUACACACGCUGGAGAGAAAAACACUGAGAUAUUUCUUUAUACACACGCUAGAGAGAAAAACACUGUGAGAUAUUUCUUUAUACACACGCUGGAGAGAAAAACACUGUGAGAUAUUUCUUUAUACACACGCUGGAGAGAAAAACACCGUUAGGUAUAUCUUUAUACACACGCUGGAGAGAAAACAACUGACAUAUUUCUUUAUACACACGCUGGAGAGAAAAACACCGUUAGGUAUAUCUUUAUACACACGCUGGAGAGAAAAACACUGUGAGAUAUUUCUUUAUACACACGCUGGAGAGAAAAACACCGUUAGGUAUAUCUUUAUACACACGCUGGAGAGAAAACAACUGAAAUAUUUCUUUAUACACGACGGAGAGAAAAACACUGUAAUACAUACACUGGAGAGAAAAACACUGAAAUACAUACACUGGAGAGAAAAACACUGUAAUACAUACACUGGAGAAAAAAACACUGUAAUACAUACACUGGAGAGAAAAACACUGAAAUACAUACACUGGAGAGAAAAACACUGUAAUACAUACACUGGAGAGAAAAACACUGUAAUACAUACACUGGAGAGAAAAACACUGUAAUACAUACACUGGAGAGAAAAACACUGAAAUAUUUCUUUAUACACACGACAGAGAGAAAAACACUUAGGGGAUAACCCUACUGUGUUUUCCGAUUUGCGGACGUAUAUCGGUGGUUUUACUGUCGCAAACGGUAAAUUUGCGACUGUAAAACCACCGAUAUACGUACGCAAAUCGGAAAACACAGUAGGGUUAUCUCUAUUCUAAUUAAACUGUUUGCUGGUUGAUUUUAAAUAGGAAAUUGUCACAUUUGUAGUAAGAAUAAGCCUAUAAACGUCACCAGCUGGUGACGUCAUUAGGCAGCCCAUUAACAGACGAUGGGUGGUCGGACAGUUAGCGGUUCGAACAUAGAUGUAUAAUUUGACAUAUUUAAUCAGCUCUCGUGAUUAGAUAACGACUAAUAAAGAAUAAUUAUGUUCAUUUCUGACAUAAAAACUUCUCAGUAUUUAACCACUUCUGUACGUAACAUGGACGCUACAGAAAUUGUCUUUAUGACGUCAUUACAAAAUAACCCUGUUCUUCGCUUAACCUAUGGCGUAUUUCUGCCACAAAAUUUGCGACCGGUAUAUCGGUGAUUUUACCACCUGAAAUUUUUAGCAGAGAUCCAAUCAGAUUCGUUCUUACAAAUGUGUUGAAUUAGAAUGUGAGAUAUUUCUUUAUACACACGCUGGAGAGAAAAACACUGUGAGAUAUAUCUUCAUACACACGCUGGAGAGAAAAACACUGUGAGAUAUUUCUUUAUACACACGCUGGAGAGAAAAACACUGUGAGAUAUAUCUUUAUACACACGCUGGAGAGAAAAACACUGUGAGAUAUUUCUUUAUACAAGCUGGAGAGAAAAACAUUGUGAGCUAUUUCUUUAUCUACACGCUGGAGAGAAAACACUGUGAGAUAUUUCUUUAUAUACACGCUGGAGAGAAAAACACUGUGAGAUAUUUCUUUAUAUACACGCUGGUCAGAAAAACACUGUGAGGUAUUUCUCUAUACACACGUUGGAGAGAAAAACACUGUGAGAUAUUUCCUUAUACACGCUGGAGAGACACACUGUGAGAGAUUUCUUUAUACACACGCUGUAGAGAAAAACACUGAGAUAUUUCUUUAUACACAUGACGGAGAGAACAAUACUGUAAGAUAUUUCUUUAUAAACACGCUGGAGAGAAAAACACUGUGAGGUAUUUGUUUAUACACACGCUGGAGAGAAAAACACUGUGAGAUCAUGUAUAUAAUGUAUGCAUGUAUGUAUGUAUGUAUGUAUGUAUGUAUUUGUAUGUAUGUUUGUAUGUUUGUAUGUACGUACGUAUGUAUGUAUGUACGUACGUACGUACGUAUGUAUCUACGUAUGUAUGUAUUUUUGGUAGGUUCAAGUGCCCCCUGAUCACACCUCUAGAUACAGACCAAAUCGAAAAACUGAUUUGAUGGCAUUUGUUUACCAUAUACUUGUGCUACAUGGACUUUAAGAUGACAAACCUAUUUGCAUUUGUAUAUAUUCCCCAUCGUCAGACUUUCAUUGUGUGUGUGUGUGUGUGUGUGUGUGUGUGUGUGUGUGUGUGUGUCCAACUUUCACUUCUGCUGGCAGAAAGAAUGCAUUUGACGUCUAUACAAUAAUAUAUUGUAUGAAUAUUGCAUGUAUGUAAUAAAUAUUAUUUAUAUAAAAUC